CGGAUAUGGAACAGACACAAAACAAAAACAAAUAUGGCUAUCUGAGAAGCAGAAAGCGAAGCAAGAGCUGCUGCUAGAUUGACCUAAACGCUAACCAACUAGCUAACAUCUGUAGCUAUAGUGUAUAAAACAAUAAGCUAUGUCGAAAUUACUAAAGACCAUGGGAUUAAUUGCUGGAGGAGGUAUUUUAGUGUCUCCUUUUCUUCUUAAAACAAAAAACGAAUCUAUUUGGAAAAAUAUUACCAUGCCAGUUAUAUCAAAACUUGAUGCAGAAACAGCACACAGGUUUGCUGUUAAAGCAGCAGCUUGGAAAUUAGUACCAAAUUACAUAACUGAUGUUAAUGAUCAGGAAGUGCUAAAAUCUUCAUUAUGGGGGCUUGAGUUUGAAAGUCCACUUGGUUUAGCUGCUGGAUUUGAUAAACAUGCAGAAUGCAUUGAUGGGAUGCUUAAGAUGGGUUUUGCAUUUGUCGAAGUUGGUAGCAUCACUCCAUUACCACAAGAAGGAAAUAAAAAGCCAAGAGUAUUCAGGCUAAAGGAAGAUGCUGGUAUUAUAAACAGGUAUGGAUUUAACAGUUUCGGUGUGGACUACGCGUACAAUAAUCUGAAGUUGAGAAAUUCAAACGAGGGAAAAUCUCCUGGUGUUGUUGCAGUAAACAUUGGAAAAAACAAAACUACAGAAAAAGCUGCCGAAGAUUACGUGAAAGGAGUAAUGAAACUGGGAGAAUUUGCUGAUUACUUAGUCAUUAAUGUUUCGUCUCCAAACACACCUGGUCUUCGUCGGAUGCAGGGUAGACAACAAUUGCAAGAUCUCAUCAAGGAGGUUUUAAAAGCCAGAAAAACACUCUCAAGGCAACCACCUAUAUUAGUGAAAAUAGCUCCAGAUUUGAAAGCCGAAGAAAAGGAAGACAUCGCAUCAGUUGUGUUAGAUCCUUCUACUAAAGUUGAUGGUCUGAUUAUAUCGAAUACCACAAUAAGUCGUGAUAACUUGCAGAACAAAAAUAAACAAGAGCAAGGUGGUUUGAGUGGCCAACCGCUUAAAAGUUUGUCAACCCAAUGUAUUCAUGAUAUGUACAAGUUAACCGAGGGUAAGUUACCGAUUAUAGGCGCGGGUGGAAUCGCUUCUGGUGAAGAUGCUUACGAGAAGAUAUGUAACGGUGCAUCUCUCGUGCAGUUGUAUUCAUCCUUGGCUUUGAAUGGUCCUCCAGUUGUUGGGAAAGUCAAAAGAGAGCUAGCUGAACUGUUAAGGAAAGAUGGCUUUUCAUCUAUCACCGAGGCUGUUGGGUGCGAUACCGUUGAAUUUCAUUGUCCAACGCCUGAAGACUACAAAGAUGCAGGUGUAAAAACGAAGUAGCCAUGAUGGAUUCGUAUGUUGUUGUUGUUGUUGUCACAACCGUUUUAACAUGCACAGUAAACAACUGGGAUUUAAUGAUGAACCUUAUUUAUCAAGCCUUGUGUUUUCAACCAGACCUUAAGCUAACCCAACGCCGGAGGUUUUUCAUCUAAUAAUAUUCACCGACACUUUUUAUUUUUUUAUUUUUAUGUUGUUUUCCUUUUAUAUUAUUCUUUUUGAUAUCAUGGUCGCUUCAAAAUCACCUUUCGUUUUUAUGCAAUAUUUUCAUAUGGCGUUUUUUUUUUUGCGGUACUUUGUGUUUUUUUUUGCGAUAUUUUUCAUGGUCUGAUGUUUUUUUCUUCAUUUAGUCACGUUAUAUUAUUUAAACUAUUUAAAUUAUUCGAUUCAAACGGCGUAUUGACACCGCCUGUAUGUGCUAUGCAGGCGUACCGCCCGCCCUGUAAAUAAUCUACACAUUAGUAUUUUUUAAAGCAAGUUCACACUUUAUUUGCAAGAAAUUGCGCGACCUCAGAACUUAUAUUUUUUUAAGUACGCGGAAUAAUUCUUCCCUGUUUCGUGAGAGAUGAAGUAAAAGGAUCCUCCAAAUCAUUCUUCAGCUUCCUUUAACAAAGCACUAAAAUUAUCUGAUUGUUUGUAACCGUCUUUCGGAUAGAUGUUAUGUACUCGCGCCUUGUUUUCACGACUACAGUAUAUUAGUGUGAACUCACUUUUUGUCUACAUCGGUUUUUGAGUCGUGCAAAUUUUAUCCGGAUUUGUUAGUCGUGUUAAUAUGUUAGCGCAAUAUUGCCGACGAAACGAUUGACAUGUCUCUUUCAAUCUCUUUCCCAGGGCAUUUUUAUGGCCGUCCUGAUGUUAAAAAGGAUACAAGACGCUGUGGGGACAAGGUUGGCCUCUGUUCUGAUUUAUUUUGUUCUUUAGAAGAUCUAGAUUUAUAUUGUUUUUUCAUACCGUAAUUUUUUUGCUUUGAUAAACAAUAAUAUAUAUGCAAUCGGAAAA